UUCCGCAUGGAAGAAAGGCACCAAACUGAACAAAGGAAAGAGUUCGCAAGAAAGUAGACAGUGGCGUUAGUGGAAAUUACAAGAAGCACCCUCGUUAAUAUAUUAUCCAUAUCCAUAUUACUACUUUCCCUCCAUUCUUUGAAGAGAGAGAAAAGCAAACCAAAAAACAAAAACAGAAGAAGGAAAGAAAAAAAAAUAAUAAAAGAAAGAAGAAAGAAAGAUAAAGGAACUAAGAAUACGGGUGACGUGUGCAAGUGCCCGCAUGAUAGAGAGAUGCCCCGCUCUCUAUGGAGAGGAAGUUUUUUAUUUUUUUUAAUUUUUUUGGCUACCAAAAUCAUUUCUCAUUCUGAAUCAAACAAACCCAAAUGCUUAAGAAAAAAUGAAAAUCCUCAAUACUCUCUCUUCUCUCUCCCUCUCAUCCUUCUUCUUAGUCUUCAUUUAUUUUGUUUGAAUUAAAUCUCUUAAUUCGAACGAGGUACAUUCUCCAUUAUUGUAACCUGUUAAAGCUCUAUGUAUGUGGAUACGUCUCGUUUUCUAUCGGCAUUGUGUUUGGAGAUUUUUGAGCCUUUAGGUUGAUGUCAUUUUGCGGAUCAAGCUAUGACUACUAAUAAGAGCGUUAACACAGAAUUGUCUCAGGGAGAUGGUGGCGGCGGCGGCGGCGGUGCUCCUCGACCACCUCCUUCCGGACCUCCGCCACCAGGACAUCCUGAUAAUGCUGCUUCUCGUGCCGGGAAUUCGGUCUUCAAGAGUGGACCUCUUUUUAUUUCAUCCAAAGGAAUUGGUUGGACGUCAUGGAAGAAACGGUGGUUUAUUCUAACACGAACCUCACUGGUUUUCUUUAGAAGUGAUCCAGGUUCACUCAUUACAUUUGAAACUUUUCAGAGUGCUGUUCCUCAAAAAGGGAGUGAAGUGAAUUUGACUCUUGGUGGUAUUGACCUCAACAAUUCAGGCAGUGUGGUAGUGAAGUCAGACAAAAAACUCUUGACUGUUCUCUUUCCUGAUGGCCGUGAUGGGCGAGCUUUCACGCUUAAGGCUGAAACGAUGGAAGAUUUAUAUGAUUGGAAGACUGCCCUUGAGAAUGCUUUGGCACAAGCACCAAGUGCUGCACUUGUGAUGGGGCAAAAUGGCAUCUUCAAGAAUGAUCCGACUGAUUGUGUUGAGGGUUCAUUUGAUCAGUGCGUGUUACCAGUGAAGGACAAGGUGCCUGGUAAAGCAAUGGUCAUUGGCAGACCAGUUUUGCUUGCUUUAGAAGAUGUUGAUGGAACUCCAUCUUUUCUAGAGAAGGCUCUUAGGUAUAUAGAAGAGCAUGGAGUCAAGGUAGAAGGAAUCUUGCGGCAAGCUGCAGCUGUUGAUGAUGUUGAGCAUCGAAUUCGAGAAUACGAACAAGGGAGAACAGAGUUCUCGGCAGGGGAAGAUGCACAUGUGAUUGCUGAUUGUGUCAAGUAUUUUCUCCGUGAGUUGCCAUCCUCUCCAGUCCCUGCAUCUUGCUGCAAGGCAUUACUAGAAGCAUUUCGCAAGUCUAUUGGCGGAAAAGAUCAUAACAAUCGAGUUAAUGCCAUGCGAGAAGCAAUAUUAGAAACCUUUCCUGAGCCAAAUCGUCGCUUAUUGCAAAGAAUUCUAUUGAUGAUGCAAAAUGUGGCUUCUCACAAAGCAGAGAAUCGGAUGAGCACUUCAGCUGUUGCUGCUUGUAUGGCACCCUUACUUCUUCGUCCCCUUCUAGCUGGUGAUUGUGAAAUUGAAAAUGAUUUUGAUGUGGGUGGUGAUGGUUCCAUGCAACUUCUGCAAGCAGCUGCUGCAGCUAAUCAUGCCCAAGCCAUUGUCAUAACUCUAUUGGAAGAGUAUGAUAAGAUUUUUAAUCUUCUCCAGGAAGGUGUCAUGUCCCCUGGACUAUACUCUGACUCGGAAGAAUGUGAUAGUGAGGAUGAGGAGGUAACUGAUGACGAUGAGUCUUAUGAAGAUGAUGAACAGGAUGAUGCAUCUCAAGAGACUGAUGCGUAUACUGACGAUGAUCUCAAUGAUACAUCAAGCAGAAAUGAGAGUGGUGACUCUGGCGAAGAAGAUCUAUCCGACAAUAAGGGAUGUGAUGAUCUUAGCUCUAUUUCCAACUCCCCUGAAGUAGAUAAUGGUUCCGAAGCUGCGGAGUUGUCAAAUUCAGUUCAAACUUCGUUACCUUCAUAUCGUGAAGUAGAUAGGGGUGAGAAUAGCCUGGGUGAAAGUAACAAAAAUUUGACAACACUAACCGCUGAGUCGGAUGAAUUACUAGGAGAUCUUUCCAGCAAAACUACUUUGGAGAAUAAGCAAACUGGCGAUCCAUCUGUAUGCAUUAAAAGAUCUUCAAGCAUGUCCAAUGGACGUGCACCUGAUAUUAAUUUUCCAAGUUCUUGUGGGCGUACUUCUGGGAGGAAGAACCUUUCUAUGGAAUCCCUUGAUUACCAUUUUGAUGAUGAAAUUGAAAUCCAAAAGCUGGAGGCGACUAAAAUUGAUCUGCAACACAGAAUUUCUGAGGAGGUUAAAGGUAAUGCAGUUCUGCAAGCCAACUUAGAACAGCGAAAGAAGGCCCUGAACGAGCGCCGCCUAGCCCUCGAGCAAGAUGUGGCGAGACUACAAGAAGAGCUACAAAAGGAAAGAGACAAGAGGAUGGUUCUGGAAGCAGGACUUAACAAUUCUCAAGCUAACCAAUCUGUUCCAGUUAUCAUUGAUGAAAAGAUAAAGGAAGAUCUAGAGGAAAUAAGUCAAGCAGAGGCAGAUGUCAACAAUUUGAAGCAAAAGGUUGAUAAUCUCAGUAUGCAGCUUAAUCAGCAGCGUGAUCAAAAUUAUGGUUCCCCACACGAUUCAAACAAUCAAGGAAGGAAAGAUAAAGAGAGAGAUACUGAAGCCAGUGCUGGUUCAUAUCUUGGAAAAUCUGCAAAUAAGGAUAAUUUAAUAGAUGAAUCAACUAUUUUACCAAACAAGACUCAGCAGGCAGAUGCAUCACGGAGCAGCAACUCCAGGUCUUCAUCCAAUUCCAAGAAGACUAGCUACAGGAGUGAGGGAACAAAUUCCACUACGUCUGCUCUGACAAAGUUGACAACCCGGCUCAAUUUCCUGAAGGAGCGGCGAAGCCAGCUUACCAGUGAAAUCCUGGAUAAAGGCCGAGGUUCAAGUCAGGCUACAGCUACUAAUAAAGUUAGAGGAUCAGAAGUCCGUCAAUCACCGCAAAUCCCAGACAAGAGCCAAGGUUCAGAAGUUCAUUCUGUUCCAAAUCCAGAUAAAGCUAGACGAUCAGAGAGCUCUCAGUCAGUCCCUAACCCAGACAAAGGGUUAGGGAUAGAAGGCCAAUCACAUAAAAAUUCUGAAAAAUCUAGAAAAUCGGACAGUCACCAAGAUGGAGGAAAAUCUCUGGAAAGUCAAAAUGCAGAUAAAGGAAAAUUUGACGGUAGUGCUGACAAAGGUAAAGGAUCAGGAGGCCAACCUAAGGGAGCUCAAAGAACCAACUCCAGAUGAUUGAUGUUAGAUGAUUGAUCGUUUUAAGCACAUGGUGGCAUUGUUAUUGUCCUCCCUGAAGCAAUUUUUGUGAGGUUGAUUCGUUUUGCCUGGUAAAGCACUUGAUACCUACGUAUACUGAAAGAAGAUGAUCAAAAUCCUGACACCUCCUAUAAGCCCAUGAUGUACAUACAUACCAAGAUGCUUAGUUGAGUUGUAUAAGCUGAUUUGUCUGUAAGUUAGUUGCUGAUUCUUGUGCUGGUUUAGAAGCCAACUAGGGUACUGUUACAUUUUGUACGGUAGAACUCAAAAUAUAUCUCUUUCUAUUUGAUGUAACUGGAGUUGCUUGGCCUGUGUGUAUAAGACCUGGAAUCAAGCCUCCACUAAUCUUAAACUUAUUAUCUCCAGGUUCUGAUAUAGCAAUCUCAGUCGUACCACGCAUCGUGUUGAUUGGAUGA